UCUUUUUGGUUCCUAAUUUUUGUGUUCACAAAUUUAAUUAUUUUUUCAUGAAUUCUUGUUUAACCAAGAGAGAUAAAAGAGCCAUGAAUAGAAUACGCAAAAGAAACGCAGAAUUGGCACUGCUUGAAAAUUCUGAACUUGAUCCUGAGCUAAAAUCGAUUAAAGAUGGAAUAGAGGAGAUGAAGAAACAAAAAUUGGUGGUUGAAUUGAUGGAUGGAACGAGCAAGAGCGUCGAAAAUCAUCUUUCCCUUCCAUCUACCAGCGAUUCCGUUAAUUCUAGUCAAUUAGACUUGCCUGGGUAUGCUCGCGUCCUAAGUGAACAAGUGAAAGAAAAAUUGGCUGAAAAGACGAAGAGAUUCAACAAUCCUGAAGUGGUUCUACAAUUAUACAAGUUGCAAGGCCGAACCCUGGGAGAACACGAAAUUGCUGCAUUUCUUCAUAGAAUGAUGCUGGGAAGCAAUAAUUGUCCUAAAACUGGAUCUGAUUGGAUAAAGUUCAAAGGUGGAAAGGCGCUUCAAAUUGUGUUUAUUAGAAUUAAUGUAGACGAUGAUCAAUUGCUAAAUCUAUCUGGCACGCCUUUUAUGCAGGGAUAUUUCAAACACUGGAUCAAACUCAAGCCAGGCAAACAAAACAGAACAAGAUUUUGGCAAACUGUUUCUACAGUUACUCGAUCAAAAUAUGAAAUGUUGUUGCACAAGAUAAAGACUCAAGGCGAUCCUCUUCUUCAAAUUAAUAUGUCUCAACGAAAGCCUCAAAUGUUAAUGAGUUUAGAACAAAUGGUGACUUCAAAAUUUCCUUUUCCUUCUGAAUAUUUUGGCGAACAACUGUGUAAUGGAACAAUUCGCUCAACUCGAAAGAUUUAUCAUCAAGUUUCUGAAACUUCACCAAUAUUUACUUUGGAUUGUGAAAUGUGUCAAACAUCGAUUCAACAACUUGAAUUGACUCGGAUUUCUGUGGUCAAUGAAGAUGGCGAAACAGUUAUGGAUGAAUUGGUGAAACCACACAACAAAAUUAUUAAUUAUAUUACAUUCAAAAGUGGUAUAACCGAGAAAAUGCUUUUAAAUGUUUUUACUCGUCUAAAAGACAUUCAACACAGGCUUUGUACUUUACUGCCAGCAGAUGCAAUUCUUUGUGGACAUAGUUUAGAGAACGAUUUAAGGGCAUUGCAACUUUCGCAUCCUUAUUGUAUUGAUACCUCACUCCUUUUUAACUUCUCUGGUCGUUUACAUAUUCGAAGUGGACUUAAAGCUUUAUCAAAAAUUUUUCUAAAUGAAGACAUUCAAGACUCAAGCAAGGGACAUUGUUCUUUGCAAGAUGCUUUGGCUACAUGGAAAUUGUUGAAAUUAAAAAUUGAGAAAGGUCUUCAAUUUGGAAAUGUUGCUUUAGGAUGGAAAUUUGGUGAAUGGGCAAAAGCUAAUGGAAUGUCAAUUACUGGAUCAAAAUUGGAUGAUGGCGUGAAUUUAAAUAAUGGAGAAGUGAAAUGUGAUGAUAAUUGUAUGAGUGAAAUCAAAGAGAAGGAGGCUAAAGAGGAUGAACCCAAAAAGGAUGAAGCUAAAGAAGAGGGACCCCAAGAGGAUGAACCUAAGGAUUUUGAAGCUAAAGAGGAUGAGGCUAAAAUUGAUGAUAAAAUACAGGAGAUAAAAGAAGAGGUUGCUACUUGUGUUGAAACUUUUGCGAGCGACGAGUCACUACAAGAUAAUUGUGAAGGUUUAUUUAAUUUUGAAGAAGCACUACGUAUUGAAAAUGGAAUGCAAUUCAAUACUUCACUUUGUGAAUGUUUUCAUCAAAUAAAUACUGGUGGAAAGAAGUAUGCCAAGAAGAUGUUGGUUGCAAUGAAUAAUCCGAAUGAAUUUUUUUCUUCGAAUGAUUGUUGUAAACUGGUCAAUCUUGCUCCUCCAGAAAAUUCUACACAAGCUUCUACUCAACCAACCGAUGAAGCCACGAAUUUAUUAUCAUCUUCUGAAAGAAUAUCUGGAGAAUUAAUUAAUUUUGAUUAUGCUUUGGUGGAACUUAACUGCCCCAAAGGAAUUGCAAAAUCAAAAAUGGAUCAAGCGUUCAAACUCCUCACAAAUGGAAUUUGUAAUAAUGGCUUCGUUUUAACAAUGAUGUGUUCAGGAAGCAGGUCAAUUUUGUAUGAGAAAAUUCAUAAAAGAUGA